AACGUUUUCAUGGCGCGCUGGAGCUGUCAUGAAAGAGUGUAGAGUUUGUGUCUCAUUUUUAUCACAGUUUUAUUAUUGUUGUACAUUUUCUUGAAACGCGUUUGCACGAAACCGGUUCUAAACAGUAGAAAGGCAAGUCACGCGGUGCAAUCGCAAAUGUAUUUGAUGCUCUGAUCAUUCACAUUCUCCGAAAACCUUUGCUAGCUAGCCAUACGGGAUGAGUGUAUUGGAAGUGAGGUUCGUGGGGGAUGGAGAUGUUCUGGAGCACAUAGUCGACAAACAAGACGGUGUAAAAGGCAACAGUGACCAGGUGCAGAAGUUAGUGAUUUUCAACUCAGCAGGUCGGUGGAGUAGUAAAGAGGAUGACGAGGAUGAAGAUGAGGUCCUUAAUGAACAGCACUAUAUCCAUUCUUUGGGAACAGAUGAUACAGAAGAUGGAGGAGAAUCUGUAUCUGGGGUAGCAGGAGCCUCUGUAUUCACUUUCCAGUCUAUCAAACGUUCCCACAAGUUGGCCCAGACAGCAUCUGAGUUGGCUCGAACACCGGGCAAGAAUGUGGCUUUUAGUCUAACAGCUGACUCUGAACUACCACCUACGCGCGCUAGCCGCAAACAUGUGAGUGAUGGCAGAACCCCUCAAAAGGGUAAGAAGGUGCAGUUUGUCUCCACAACACCUCAUAGACUCAGGAAGAGACUGACAGCCCCUAGCCUCAGGUCAGACAGUGACAGCGAAUUGUCUGCUUCUGACUCUGGAGAGGAGGAGGAUGGUGUAGAGGACGAAGACAAGGGGAAGACCGAGGAGAAGGAGAAUGUCAAGCAGCCCAGAACUCCUAGUAAGCCCCAGUCUGCUGCUCUCUACAAAACUCCCGCUAAGAAGAGCAAGAGUGCCCCGGAGAUCUUGAACCAGCCCAGUCUAGUUGAGGAGUAUUUCGAGGCUCAUGGCAGCUCCAAGGUCCUGACAUCAGACCGCACUCUUCAGCGCCUCUCCACUCCAAAACUGGACAGGGAGACAUUGUUCCGGGUGUUAAAGGAUAAGCCCUCCUGUUACUCUUCUGAAAUCCAGCAGCUUCACAACAAACACCAGAAACACUUUAACAAAUGGAUGCUACAGUUACAGUUGGGCUUCAGUGUCUUAGUGUAUGGCCUUGGCAGCAAGAAGCCUCUCCUAGAAGAAUUCCGUCUUUCUCAUCUCUCUCAGGAGAUUCACCUGGUGGUCAAUGGAUUCUUCCCCUCCAUCACCCUCAAAUCGAUCCUGAAUUCUCUGACUGCUGAGGUUCUAGAGCAUGAGGGAACCUUCCGGAACCCUGUUGAUCAGAUCCAGUUCAUCGCCACAUCCCUCAAAGACGACCCUGACCUCCAUGUAUACCUGAUCAUCCAUAACAUUGACGGGCCAAUGCUCCGAGGGGACAAGAUCCAAAGUGCACUAGGACAACUGGCUUCUCUUCCCAACAUGCACCUUGUGGCUUCCAUCGACCAUAUCAAUGCCCCACUAGUGUGGGACCAGUGCAAGCAAAGCCAGUUUAACUGGCUGUGGUGGGACUGUGUGUCUUUCCAGCGCUACAUUGAGGAAACGUCGUACGAGAACUCUCUCCUUGUACAGCAGACAGGGGCCCUGGCUCUGUCCUCACUCACACAUGUCCUCCGCAGCUUAACCUCCAACGCCAGGGGCAUCUUCAGGUUGCUGGUGGAGUUUCAGAUGGAGAACAAAGACAACCCUGCAUACACGGGUUUGUCCUUCCAGGAUUUCUACCAGCGCUGUCGGGAAGCGUUUUUGGUUAACUCGGACCUGACACUGAGAACCCAGCUCACGGAGUUCAGAGACCACAAACUGAUACGAACACGAAAGCAUGCCGAUGGCGUAGAGUACCUGCUGGUUCCCGUGGAUACGAGCACACUGACUGACUUCCUGGAGAAGGAGGACAUGGAUUAAAAAGAACUAAGGUCCUUCAGCAACAGCAACACCGCCUCCAGAGUGUGUGUCUAAGUGAUAAAACAGUCAUCACAUACCCUCGCAAACAAAGGCUUACAAAUACACUGAUCGGCAUACAGUAUCAGGAUAAUGUAGUUAUUACCUUCCUGGCCAAAGGCCUGGUCUCUCGGGUGGAUGGGGAGGAAAGGGAGGGGAACUUGUCUCUGGGAAGAAGCUUCAUCCCCAACUGCUCGCGGAUCUUACUACAGAGCAAAGUGUGAGGGUUAAUAUCCUGUGUGUAAGAGGUGAUACCCCUCGUUCACACAACACAGCCCAGCACCGAGAGUUAAGUAAAAGGUGGGCCUCACUUGGUUUCCUCCAU